AAUGGCAAAAGUAUCAGCUGUUCGCGAAUCACACGUGCAAGUUGAUUUCACAAUUAUUUUUAACUAAAACGUGAAUUUCAAAAGUUGAAAGCAUUUAAAAAGGACGGCCUGCAACACAACAAGCGAUAAUUGUUUAUGGUUGAUAGACUGAGCACCUACGCACACCUGUUGCACUCACAGACGAGAUGACCGAUGCACACAAAUAUAGCGAUCCGGAGGAGGAUGACGAGAAUCUGAAAAAUUCUGAGUGGGUGGAAGACUUUAAAUCGCUUACAGUGAAGCACGACAUUUUUAAGAACAUCAAACAGAAAGAAAAAGGAGUAAGCGACGACCUGUGCCAGCAAAUUAUUGAUAACACCAAUCCGGCCGAGGAAACUGAUUCGGACUAUCCGGAUGAGUAUGAAGACGACGAUUACGACCAGGGCGACGACUACGAUGCAUACGAAGAAGCCUACAGCGGUUUUAACAAGCAGAACGCGCAAUCACAGCUAACAACAGGUGGGGGCAACAGUACCAGAACCGGUACCGGCACUUGUUCUGGCGGUACAGUAGGAGGCGGCACUCAGCGCGUGAGCAGCUACCAGCCGAAUGAGAAGGUGCUGCGGCGAUACUCAGCCCGGAUAAAUGUCGAGAAGUACGAUCCAAACGCCAAUAUGAGCGCACAAGCGGCCAACCGGUUGGUAAGCUUCGAUCGACGCCAGGAGACAGAGCGAGUGCGUGUGAGGGACAAGCACGAUCGCGCCACAGCGGAGCAGGUGAUGGAUCCACGAACACGCAUGAUACUCUUCAAGCUGCUUAACCGCGGUCUUAUUCAAGAGAUCAACGGCUGCAUAUCCACCGGCAAAGAGGCAAAUGUGUACCAUGCUGUCUCCAAGAAUGCAACCGAUGAGUAUGCUAUCAAAAUCUACAAGACCUCAAUUCUAGUGUUCAAAGAUCGUGACAAGUACGUUUCGGGCGAGUUUCGCUUCCGUCAUGGCUACUGCAAGCACAAUCCUCGCAAGAUGGUGCGCACCUGGGCAGAAAAGGAGAUGCGUAACUACCUGCGCAUGCGCAAUGCUGGUGUGCCCGUUCCCGAACCCAUUCUGCUGCGUUCGCAUGUGUUGGUCAUGCGCUUUUGCGGUCGCGACGGCUGGCCAGCUCCAAAGCUGAAAGACGUGGAGCUGAGUACUUCAAAGGCGCGCGAGCUGUACCGCGACUGCGUGGUCAUUAUGUGGCGCAUAUACAAUCAGUGUCGGCUGGUGCAUGCGGAUCUCUCCGAGUUCAAUAUACUGUUCCAAGAUGGCCAACUGGUGAUUAUUGAUGUUAGCCAGUCGGUCGAGCACGAUCAUCCACAUGCGUUCGACUUUCUACGCAAGGACUGCACCAACAUAUCGGAAUUCUUCCGCAAAAAAUCGGUGGCCACCAUGACGGUCAAGGAGCUGUUUGACUUUAUAACGGACCAGACCAUAAACGAACAAAAUAUGGAGGAAUGCUUGGAGCGCAUUUCGGAGCGUAUUAUGGAUCGAGACUUUGAUGCCAUCACAGCGCAAGAGAAGAUCGAUGCGGCUGUUUGGCAGAACACCUACAUUCCCAAACGCUUGGAUGAGGUGCCGCAUUUUGAGCGCGAUGUGACAAAAGCUAAGCAGGGUGUCCAGCAGAAUCUUGUCUACGCAAAAAUCACGGGUCUUACGCCACAAUUAGAUGUUCAGAAACAGCCGGACAUUUUGGAUGCCGAACAUAACAGUGCGGAAAGUGAGCAGCAGACAAGUGGCAACGAGAGCGACGAAUCGCAGGAGGACGAUGACACGUCAAAGUUCAAAAACUCGGCACGGCCACGUGACGAAUCGCCCGACAGCAAAAAGGCCCGCAAAAAGGCGGUAAAGGAUGCUAAGGCAGAACAACGGAAGGUUAAAGUUAAGAAGCAUGUAAAGAAACGCAAGGAAAAAAUCGGCACCAUCAAAAAGUAGUCGAACCUUUAUCAAUAAGUUUUUCUAACUCCAUUAUCUCCAAUGUAAACAAACUUCCAAAUCAAUUUCGGAGUUCAGAUUGUGCUCAAGCACACAAUAUAUUUAUUUUACAUGUAAAAAAUGUAUAAAAAAAACUUGGAAUGUACAUAAACCUCUUUGAUAACCACUAAAA